AUGGUGGACUACAGUAAAUGGAAAGACAUUGAAAUAUCUGACUUUGAGGAUGAUACACAUAUUAAUAUUGACACGUCAUCGUUAUUCCGAUGGAGAUAUCAGGCACGAAUAGAACGCAUGGAAGACGUUGAUGCCAUAGGUAAACCAGGAUUCGUCAGAACCGUAAUAAACACAGCUCCAAAACCAAAACGAGAAGUUUUGUCUGAAGAGGAACAAGGAAAACGUUUGAAAGAACAAUUUGCGAAAUAUGAAAAGUUCAUAAAGAUUUCUGAAAUGCUGUGUUUCCUGAAGGACCAUCCAGAACAUGUAAGUGAACAUACAGCAAAUUAUUUGGUUACUUGGUGCAUUCGUUUGGAGAUGGAGGAGAAACAUGACCUAAUAGAAAUGAUUCAGGCAAGAGCAACUAUGAAACGGAAGACCGCUCUGGCUGAAGCCGAAGAAGAGGAACGUAAAGCAAGACUUGCCUCAGGAGGAUUUAAUAUACUGAAAAUAUUAGAAACCCUCUCAAGACAAUUGGAAAAGUGUUUUGAAGGUCAAGAUGUAAGACUACUUCAACAAAUAAAUCUGAACGUGCCUGAACAAGAAGCACAGUACCACAUGAAACGCUGCAUAGGUUCUGGAUUUGUGGGCUCCAGAUACAAAAAAAAGAAUCUACAGAAAGAGAAAUUACAGCUUCUGAUGACCAUUAAGUUGUUUUGA